GCAUCCGCCCUCGCCAUGCGCGACGAGCCCCGCAAAACAUCGCCGUCGCCCUCCAUUCAGGAGAAGCUCUCCAUCUACGAAAACGUCGUAUCUCGGAGUGCGUUGAUCGCGUCCGGCAGCGUGGGGCUGGUCCCCGUCGGAGCCCUGGGAGCGGACGAGAUGGUGCAGGAAGGGGAGGGGGCCGCGGGCACGCUUAUCGCCCCGCGCCGCCUGCCCAACCCCUGCCUCGACAGCCCACAGAGGAUGGACCUGCAUCGGGAGCUGUUGUUCAACCAGAAGAUAGGCAAGAACGUCUUGAACCAGAAGAGCGAGCUACAAAAGGCGCUUUCAAAACACAAAGAAAAGCAGAUUUUAAAUCAAGUUAAGGAACACAAGGAAACGCCAGAACUAGAGCGAGCCAUAGCGGAGCGCGCGCGGCGGCUGGAGGCGGCGUCGCCGGCGCCGGCGCCGGACCCGGCCACCAACCCCACGCUGCGGGAGCUGCGCGCGCGCCUGCGCCACGCCGCCGCCACCGAGCCCGCCGCGCACUCCACGUAGUUCGCCCGCACCCAGCUAGGUGCCGCUACUCACCACUAACAAAAAUAUCAACGUGACUUUAGAAAUCACCUCACCUCACGAAAACAAUUUAACCGAUACGAUAUCGGGUCGGCUGGAAAAAAAUAAAUUCUAAGUUGAAUUUUUAUUGACUGGUUAAUAUCGACACAAUUCGAACCUUGAAAUUUGGAGGGUUAAAUCGUGACCAUAGUUCAAAUGCCGCUCCUAAACUGCCAAAUUAUCUUUAUACUAAGCUAAUGAUAUUUUGAAUUUUUACAACAGACAGGUGGUUUCUUUCAAAGCGAAAUAAAAAGAAAAUAAAACAGAUUUGUCAAAAACCCGACAUUGAAAAAAAUCUAAAAAUAUAUGUAUUAAUUUGGGAAUGUGACCAUUUGAGAACAUGAUAAUUCAACCGUCAAUGCCUAAUUGUAAUGAUGUAGGGUAAUUUG